AUGGAUCUGGCAGCCCAAGGACAUUCUCGAGCCGAAGCCCUUUGGGCACUGGUUCAGCGAUCAAUAGCUAGGCGAAACAACAGAACUCACUUUAUACUCUUAUCGCCAUUGGAGCAACUCAUGCCGCGUACUUAUCUCCGACGUUUGUUUUGUUUUCCGUUCGUGGGUGAUGAUAUCGACGUAGCUGUUGACGCUCUUGAAAGAGCACAUAAGGCUAUCCUUUGUCUCUUUCCUCAUUUGUCUGGACACGUUGCUCUGGACAAAAAUGGCGGCAAACAAAGUGGUCGUUUGGAACUCACGUAUGACGACCGCUACGUCAAAGAUUCAAAGCUGCUUGUGAAAGUGUAUGAUGCGAGUGAAUUUCCAUACACUUAUGAAGAGCUCCGGGGCCUGGGAAUGCCCCCUAGUAAACUUCCCAAUUUUCUAGUCUCGAACGUUCCCCAUGACCUGGGACUGGACAAGCCGUGGGCAGCUACAGUGUUUCAGGCCAACUUCAUACGAGGUGGCUUGAUCCUGGCCGUUUACGCUCAUAACAGUGUCAUUGACGAGUUUGGAUUGUCGAUCGUUAUAGAUCAUUUCCGAGAUUUCCUCGACGAGUCAGUGGUGCUGCCUGACGAAAGAAUUGACCAGGAUGAGUUCAGAGCGGUUUUAGACAAAGGACUCGCCGUGGACGAGUCCUUGAAGAGCCAUCGUGAAUACAAUUUCCCAAUCGUCACCACUGUCAAAACGCCGCCGGAUCUGUCUGAGGCCGGAUCACCAGUGGAAGAAGGCUCUGCCAAGCAGGCGAGUGACAUCUUGGCUGCCAUGGCUCGAGGUAAAGUCUUUGCCUUUUCGAACGAGAGGAUUGUGACUCUCAGAAAGUUUCUCGAAGACAACAUGAAGGGAGCUUUCUUCGAGCUUGGCGAACUCUUUCUGCUGAAGUCUGUUUUGAUCACAGAAGUUCUCUAUGCUCUGGUUUGGGUAUUCGUGACUCGUGCUCGGAGUCGGCGGUUUCUGAACGCUGACGGCAGCCCUGUUCAAGGCAAGAACGUAAGGACUUCCAGCAUCACGUUGCCUGUGACCAUCCGUGGCAAGAUGGAUCCCCCCGUGCCAGAAGACUUCAUCGGCGGCACAACCGUUCAGUCUCAGGCCGUGCUUCCACUGUCCAGGCUUCUCCACAAAGACAGCGAUUCCGUGCUCGACCUUAAGUUCGCAGGCACUGAUUUCAAGCCGAAAUCAGCGACAGCCCUGCUGUCCAGCCUGAUCGAAAUCCGUCACGCCAUGGCCAAAGUCGACGAAGGCCACGUCCGGUCCCUCAUCUCAGCGUGCAACGUAACGCCCGACAUCAGAGACGUCACUCUCAACUCGCACUACAAAGGCGGAAUGGACAUCGUGGUCGAAAACUGGCGCGCUUUGAAGUAUGAGGAUUACACGUGGGAGAUCCCCGGGAUCGGCAACGACAAACGCGUGGAAUUCGUCCGUCCCCCCUGGACGCAUCAGGAGGGCGUCAUGAUCUUUUUGCCGAGUCGCAACCCGCAGCCGCCGCGGACGACGCCGCUGCCGCAAGGGGCCGUGAUCAUCGACGAAGAUGACAGCGAAGUUCUUAUUCAGUUGCGGACGGAUGAUAUGGAUCGCCUCAUGCAGGACCAUGAGUUCAUGUGGCAAUGCGAUUGCGACUCGACUCAUUUGGUCGAUCGGCUUUCUCUACGUUAUGAUGAGCGCGGGUCGAAGGUCGAUAAUCAAGACACAGGUUACCUAAUCGGGGAUUAA